GCACUUCGUUGGCAGUGUGGCCCUGAAAUAAAACCAAACAGACUGGGUGUAAAGUCCAUAGACAGCAGUGGACUGAUUGUGUCAAAGCCCAUGUCCUCACUGGAGACCCUUUUAGCCUAUGUCAUUUUCAUAUUUAGAACAUAAUGGAGAUUCAAGUGUUCACUCUGGAUGCCUUCACUAAUUUACCUUUCAAGGGAAACCCUGCGGCCAUUUGUCCACUGAUGCAUGAACUGAGCGAUGACUUGUAUCAGAAGAUAGCAGUAGAGAUGAACCUGUCAGAAACAGCUUUCAUCACCAGGAUCAACCCCUCUGAUAGUUUUACAACAGGAUCACGCUUCAAACUUCGAUGGUUUACACCAACCAAUGAAGUGAACCUGUGUGGUCAUGCCACUCUUGCCUCUGCUGCAGUGCUUUUCAACUGUAAGAAGAAUGUCAACCCCAAACUGGUGUUUGAGACCAGGAGUGGAGAUCUGGCUGUCACCCAGCAGGGGGAGGGAUACCUCAUGGACUUUCCUCUCAACCCACCCACCCAGCAGGAUCCCAAUGACUUCAGAGACAUCAUCCAGGCUGCAGUUGGAAACCUCCCAAUCCAGGAUGUUUAUCUGAGCUCCACCACCAAGAAACUGAUGGUUCGACUGGCUGACAGCUGUGACAGGUCAGCACUAACCAGUCUGAGAGUUGAUCCUGUCGCUUUGCAGAGCAGUGAUAGGAGUGGAAGAGUCAAAGGACUAAUCCUCACCAUGAAAGGAUCCCCAGACUGCCAGCCAGGAUACGACUUCUACUCCAGAUACUUUGCUCCGUGGAAUGGCAUCCCUGAGGAUCCCGUCACUGGGUCGGCUCACACCGUGCUGGGUAGCUACUGGUCUGAGAAACUAGGAAAGAAGAGAAUGCUGGCUUACCAGUGCUCCAGGCGAGGUGGGGAGCUGGAACUGGAAGUGAGAGACGACGGAAGAAUCAACAUAGGUGGACAGGCCGUCACUGUGCUGCUGGGAACGAUCACACUAUAGCUGAGGACACAUGCAAGCAAAGAGAGUUGGGGAUGACGGGACUGUCCGUAUGUACCUGCACACAGGAGCAGACACAGGGUUUCCAACAUUUGAUAGAGAUGGAUUAAAUAAAAAGAAAAACAGCUUAUUGUCCAGACUGGAUCAUCUAUUAUUUAAACAUCACCAAGCAACAAACUACAAGAUGAAAAGAAGCUCUCACGCUUUGAUAGUAUUUGUAUUAUUUAUUCACCACACAAAGGAAAAAUCACAAUGUUAAAAAAGUAAAAAUAAAAUACAGACAAGACGGGUAAAAUCAGAGGUUGUGUCGAAAUAGAAUCAGUUAGCUUCUGGCGGGACGUUAUCUGACAUGCUCUACUCUACAGAAAAACUUAAUCAUCAGUUAAAUCAUCGCAGGUCAUUAACGUUAGAUUACAUCUGAGGCAAAUAUAUUUCUUAAAGAUGAUGGUUUCCUACAAACUCCUGGAGUUUUAACUGGUGUCAAGAUAGCAGGUAGUUUCCUUUGUAUUCAUUUUGUCUGCGUACACAAAGGAACAGACGCAGAAACCUCAGCCAAUUGUUACAGUUUAACACUGUAAACUGAUGAAUAAAGAGAAAUUAAGAUUUA